UCGGGCAAUCUAAAGUGGAUUUGACAGUUUGAACUGUCACGAGGCACAUGCUUUUUCUAGCGAGCAACAAAUUCUAACACAUGCGAACAAUAACAAAACAUUCGGCUGAACGCAUUUUAGUGGAAAUCAUUUGGAAAUAGUGGACAAACGGGAUAAUCGUCACGAUGACAUCGUUCAAGAGGUUGAACACGGAAAAGUAUUUGAAGGCGGCACGAAUUCAAACCGAAGACACGCUAUACUGGAAGAAAUUAUCGGUACCAACAUUAGUGAAAGAGUUUGGAGCAAUUGAUUAUAUCGACUUCAGUCCAGUGGAUCCGUAUAAUUUUGCCGUUUCGUGUUCGGUUCGCGUGCAAAUUUAUAAUCCUCUUACAAAGUUAGUCGUGCAAAACAUAUCGGCAUUCGAGAAGAGUGCAUACGGGGCCACUUUUCGGAAAGAUGGUCGCCUGUUGGUGGCCGGUGAAGAAAAUGGAACAGUAAGACUGUUCGAAAGUUCAUCGAAGAAUCCAUUGCGUAUAUUCCGCAAACACACAGCUGCUGUGCAUCGCGUUUCAUUCACCGCCGACAACACGCACAUUGUGAGUUUUUCGGACGACAGAACGGUCAAACUUUGGGAUAUUCCGUCCGAAAAAGUUGUGCAGAGCUUUGAAGAGCACAGAGACUACAUUCGCGCUGGCUGUGCCAGUCCAAUUUCGCCGAACAUCUUCAUCUCUGGUGGUUAUGAUAAAGUGGUCAAAGUGUUUGACAUCCGUGUUGGUGGACUGAAUGAGAAGAGUGUCAUAUUUGAAGUGAAUCACGAUCUACCGGUAGAGGCUCUGAUGUGGUUGCCCACAGGUGGUAUAUUCCUUAGUGCUGGUGGUACUUCAAUCAAAGUCUGGGAUGCAUUUUCAUCGGGUAAGCAAAUCGCACAGAUUUCCGAGCAUCACAAAACCAUCACAUGCCUGCGAAUGGCCAGUAAUGGUCGAAGAUUCAUGUCAUCGGGUCUCGAUCGUCAUGUCAAAGUGUAUGACAUUGCGAACUAUCAGCCAGUUCAUUCGUUUGACUUCCCAAAUGCUGUCCUGAGUUUGGGUGUUUGCCAUAAUGACGAAGCACUAGUCGCCGGUAUGGUUGAUGGAUUGAUUUCAAUUCAACGCAUGGAAAGUGAAACAUAUGCCGCACCGAAAAUACCCAAAAGCCGAAAAGUUAUCCCAGUCCAUGCGACAACAGUCGAUGAAGUUAUAGAAGAUUACGACCGGACCAUUGGCGCGAAAUAUGACAAAUUUCUGCGGAAAUAUGAUUACACGGGCGCAUUAAAUGUGGUACUAUCAAACUAUGUAAUGAACAAAAAUCCACACAUAACAGUCACUUUGAUGCAGGAAUUAGUCCGACGAAAAGGUUUAGAGAGAGCAUUGGCCGGACGAACUCAUAACUCACUGUCAAAUAUCAUCCUAUUCAUCAUUCGAUACAUUGGUGACCAUAGAUUUUCAAGGAUUUUAAUCGAUGUUGCAAAUAUCCUCUUGAAUGUGUAUGAAGACCAAUUCAAAGAGUUCACUGGACCACUUGGUCGUAGUUUUAUCAAUUUGGCCAAGGCUCUGCAUCGGGAAGAGAAGGUUACAAAAGACUUUUUGCAAGUACAAGGCGCAUUGGAGUUGAUUGUGUCGGGUGCUAGUGUUUCCGAACGGGGGACAUCGAAUAUUGCACCGCUUGAUAACAUUAGAACGCCCAAGAAAUCCGAGCUAGUACCAUCUGAGACGGCCAAGAAGCAGUUGAUCAUUGACGUUAAUUAAUAGGCAAUUUUAAUCGUUACUCGAAAAUAAAAUUUGAUAAAAAUGUUGAAAAAAAAA